AUGUCUCAAAAAAAGAAGGCUUCUCAUCCGGCCAUCAACCUGAUGGCUGGUGGUACGGCAGGUUUGUUUGAAGCAUUGUGUUGUCAUCCUUUAGAUACAAUUAAGGUGAGAAUGCAAAUAUACAGAAGGGUAGCCGGUAUUGAACAUGUUAAACCCCCAGGAUUUAUUAAAACUGGGCGUACCAUUUAUCAAAAAGAAGGUUUCUUGGCUCUGUAUAAAGGUCUAGGAGCUGUUGUCAUCGGUAUUAUACCUAAAAUGGCCAUCCGUUUCUCGUCUUAUGAAUUCUAUAGAACCUUAUUGGUCAAUAAGGAAACAGGAAUCGUAUCUACCGGUAAUACUUUUGUUGCUGGUGUUGGAGCUGGUAUCACCGAAGCUGUUCUUGUGGUCAACCCUAUGGAAGUUGUAAAAAUUAGGCUGCAAGCCCAGCAUUUAACUCCGAGUGAACCAAAUGUCGGUCCCAAAUACAAUAACGCCAUCCAUGCCGCCUACACUAUUGUCAAAGAAGAAGGUGUUUCUGCCUUAUAUAGAGGAGUUUCCUUAACCGCAGCAAGGCAAGCGACUAAUCAGGGUGCCAAUUUCACAGUUUAUUCUAAACUGAAGGAGUUUUUGCAGAAUUACCAUCAAAUGGAUGUUCUACCUUCAUGGGAAACUUCCUGCAUAGGUUUGAUUUCAGGUGCCAUUGGGCCGUUUUCCAACGCUCCAUUGGAUACUAUAAAGACAAGAUUGCAGAAGGAUAAGUCCACCUCAUUGGAAAAACAGUCCGGGAUGAAGAAAAUCAUUACCAUCGGUACUCAACUACUGAAAGAAGAGGGUUUUAGAGCAUUGUACAAAGGUAUUACCCCAAGAGUGAUGAGAGUGGCUCCAGGUCAGGCUGUUACCUUUACCGUUUAUGAAUAUGUAAGGGAACAUUUGGAAAAUUUGGGUAUAUUCAAGAAGAAUGACACACCAAAGCCAAAACCGUUAAAGUAG